CCACCCGUCCCCCAACCUAGGACUGGGGCGGUUGCAUUUCUCUUCGCCACUGCUGGAGGAGGGAGGUCGGCGGGGCUUCCCCAAGAAACUCCUCAGUGUAGACAGGAGCGGCCGCCGCUUUCUCGUCCUCCCCCUCCCCAGGGCUUAGAGAACGGGGGCCGGGUGGGGGAGACAUGAGGGCCAAAGGUUAAUACAAGCAAGAGGGAUUUCCUACUCCGUUACUCCUUGCAUGUCCCGUGUGCGAUAAAAGCAAAUACACGCACGCCUCUGUUUUAUUUCUCUUUCUAAAUUAGAGCUUGAGAGGAUCCUGCUGUUGAAACAGCAGAAGAAGCUACAGAACCAGCAGAGGCAGAUAUCAGUGAACUUUGUAAGGAUAUGUUCAACAAAAUGGCCAUUUACCUAACAGGUGAACUGACAGCCACUAGUGAAGACUACAAACUCUUGGAAAACAUGAACAAACUGACUAGUUUGAAAUACCUGGAAAUGAAAGAUAUUGCUAUAAAUAUAAGUCGAAACCUGAAAGACUUGAAUCAGAAAUAUGCUGGACUUCAGCCAUAUCUGGAACAAAUCAAUCUAAUUGAAGAACAAGUGGCGGCUUUGGAACAGGCAGCGUACAAGUUGGAUGCAUAUUCAAAAAAACUUGAAGCAAAGUACAAAAAACUGGAGAAACGAUGAAAGGAGUGCGUUGCGUAACAAGACUUUUCUUCAAAGAAAACCAAACUUUAUGAAAUUCGUACUAUAUCAACACUCCUGGUGUUAGUUACAUGGGAACUCUUGGGAGCAAUGGUAGCCACCCUUUGUUUAAGGCUGAGAUGGCUUUCUUGUCUCAUAGAAUCUGUUCUCUUUUCCUAUUUUUGUUACUCAUUUUACAGAAGACUAAUACAGAAGCUUCUGUUAACUGCUUCUGCCAGAGUGCCACAGUAAUUUAUUUUUUUCCUUAUCUGUGACAGUUCUGCACUUCCUUCCCUAUUAAACAAGAACAUGGUCACUUCUGUGCUCUGUAAAGCCCUUGAUUUGUGGACAUGGGAAUUACCAGUGUGCUGUGAUUACCACUAAAAUCAUAUGGCCUUGUAGUAAAGCAUCUUCUCUUUCCAUGCUUUUUUGAGAAAUAAACAACACCUGGAAAUUAA